AUGACCGCUCCUUCCUCAUUUACAAUUUUGACUUUCGGAGGUUUCAUUCUUUUCUCUAUAGCUGGAAUUGCAAUCUCCAACAAUUAAAUCUAUCAAACUACUUUGAAGCUGCUUCUGACCAUAGUGUUAGUCGUGAAGAUUUAUGAAUUUUUCUCCAAAAGCAAAAAUGAGAAACCAGUUAUGAUUAAGUCACCAUAAAAGCAAAUCAAUUUUAGUGCAUUCGAAAGGAAUUAAGAGUUCAUCAAAUAGCCAGAAUAUCGUGUGCAAUAAUCGGAAAUGAUUAACACUCAAACAGAGUCUGUUGAAAGACAAGUCCCUAAAGAGAGAGAAAGAAUCUUGAGUAAGGAGCAAAGAAAAAAUAAUAUGAAAAUGCAUUUUAUGUAAGACAGAGACAAUGAGGAAUGGCCUAUGCAAUUUAAAAAUGGCACUUAUAGACAGUAUUAUCCGGAUGAUACUCGAUCAUAAUAUAGUUUGGCUCAAACUUAGUCGUAUUAAUAAAUUCAAACACUGGGUAUGAGCACCUAUAAUAGUAAACAAUAACAUGGUACUCCAGAUUAUGAAAUUCAAUAGAAGAGUAAGAAUUCAGAGGUGAUCUUAUCUAAACUCAUAAAAAAAAUGAGUGAUGCUCAUCAAAAGGCAGAAGAACUAUUUAUGAAUUCAUUUAUUCCCACAUUUGUUCGAGAAUUUUAGGAUCAUCUCGUUAACGUGAAUAGAAUGAUGAAGGAACAUUUUCAACAGAAAAUAAUUGAAAUUGAUAUCUUCUUUGCCAAUAAACCCUAUGAUAUUAAUUCCAAUAAACAUGAGAAGUCUAUUGGACUCAAAAGUGUCACUAUGGAGGAUGUGUUCUUUCUCAAGAAUAAAAUUAAAAGUAAAUCAAGAGAACCGGUAAAAGCACCAGCUAAUGUUGAGAAAUUUGCAAAAGAGAAAGCAGAAUUCAUUAAGGAAUGUGAUCUCUUGGAAUUGUUUUGCAAUAUUUUAGAUGUGUCUCUCAUCAACAGAAAAAUAAUUAAUGAUAAAAAACUAUUCUUGACCAAAUUAAUCGAUUUUUCAGAACACAAUUGUAAACCAAAAUAUCUCUCUGAUGGUUUGAAUGAGAAAAUAGUUAGCGAUUAUGAAUUACUCUUUACUGUCUUUAUCAAUGUUCUCUUAAAAUGUAUAAGAUAUGAAAAACAAAAAUAUAAUAAGGAAAAUAAUGAACUAAAUCUAAAUGCAUGGAAAUUUAUUGAAGUCAGCUUAAUUGGACUUGAGAGUCUAGGAAACACUGAAUCUGCACCUCACAAUGUAGCCUCAAAUUAGAAUGAAUCUUCAAAUCAAACACAAAAAUAAACUGAAUAAAUUAAGAAUCUAAUUAUCAAUCAAAAAUUAGAAUAAUAUGUUUCUGAACCUUAAUUUCAUUAUUACAGUGAUUGCAUAGUCAAGGCGUUAACUAAGGAUAAGGAGAUUAAGACAUUCAAGUAGGAGUACGUACUGUAUACUCCAAGAGAUUAAAACUCAUUGUUUUGUUUAAUAAGCUAUUAUUUACUUCAUUUGUUGAAUGUUCCCAAAUAGCAUUGGUAAUAAUUGUAAUAGAUGGGAAAUGGAUUAAAAAAUGAUUAAAUGCUUGAUUAGAAUGGCCAAGGAUUUUUCAUAUUUAGUAGCAAAUGUGUGAUUUAAUUAUAUAAAUUAUAAUUUAAAAAUAUAUAUGAAUCUAAGAUACUGUUGAGGGGGUCGAUAAAAUCCUGUGUUUUCAUAGAUCCGCAGUCGUAAUCAGAUAGAAUGAGAUCUUAGCAAAUUUGA